AUGUCACUUACAAACGAGUCCAUUUGGGCGGCCAGUCCGUCUACCACUCGUGGACAGCCCACCCAGCUUUCUUCCGAUGCCAAAGGCGAGCGAUUGGCCUACGCAUCGAACAAAUCCAUCUUCUUGCGCUCAAUCGAUGACCCUGCAGUCGCCAGACAGUACACCGAGCACAAGGCCCAAACAACCGUCGCUCGAUUUGCUCCUUCUGGAUUCUAUGUCGCAAGUGGUGAUGCUGCUGGAAUCGUGAGGGUGUGGGAUUGUGUCGGUGACGGAAUCACCAAGGGCGAAUACAGCAUCGUGAACGGCCGAAUCAAUGACUUGGCCUGGGAUGGUGACUCCCAGCGCAUCAUUGCUGUCGGUGAUGGUAAGCAGAGAUAUGGGCACUGCAUCACCUGGGAUAGUGGAAACACUGUUGGCGAAAUCCACGGUCAUACGCAACAACUCAACACCGUGUCAAUCAGGCAGCAGAGACCUCUGCGUGCUGCUACCGCCGGUGAUGACAGGAAGACAGUAUUCUACCAUGGUGCUCCUUUCAAGUUCAACAACGGAAUUUCCGACAAGCAUUCCAACUAUAUUUAUGGCGUUGGUUUUAGUCCGGAUGGCUCGCACUUGGUCAGCGUUGGCGCAGACCGCAAGAUUUGGCUCUACGACGGUAAGACCGGAGAGACCAAGGGCCAAAUUGGCGAAGGGGAGCACAACGGCAGCAUUUUUGGAGUUUCAUGGGCCAAGGAUUCCCGCAAGUUCGUGACUGCAAGUGCCGACCGAACUGUUAAGAUCUGGGAUGUAGAGGCUGGCAAAGCUACACAGACCUGGACCUUGGGAGAAGAGGGUGCUAUGGCUGUUCGUGACCACCAAGUCGGUGUUGUCUGGCCUCAUGGAAGGAGUGAUGACCUGCUCAUCAGUUUGUCUCUGAGCGGAGACCUGAACUAUCUGGUCGAGGGCACCCCCAAGCCCCGGCAGGUCAUCUCAGGCCACCAGAAGAGCAUCACCUCAUUGAACCAAACCACCGUAGACAACAAAGAGACUCUUUGGACGGGCAGCUUUGAUGGAAGAGUCUGCAACUGGGACGUGGCCACUGGCUACGCGGAGGAGAUUGAAGGUGAUUCCCACCCUGGCUAUGUCGCUGGGCUUGCGGCAACAUCAGAGGGAUCUGGUAGAAUUUACAGCGUCGGCUGGGACGACACUCUCCGAUCCAUUGAUGCCAACGCCAAGACUUAUACCGGCAGCGCCUCGAAGCUCAACGGGCAACCCAAGGCCGUUGCGGCCGGUAACACGACAGUGCUAGUCGGUGAGUCCGAGAGCGUGGAAAUCUUCCAAGACGGACAAAAGACUGGAGACUACAAGACGGACUUUGCAGCCACCACUGUAGCUGCGCACGGUACCAUGGCUGCUGUUGGUGGAGAGAACGGAUCGGUUCAAAUUUGCGCCAUCUCCAGCUCCAGACUGUCUCCGCGGGCGGACAUCAAUGCCUCUCGCAACCCAAUCUCCUGUCUUGCUUUCUCCCCUGACGCGUCUCACCUGGCCGUCGGUGACUUGCGAGGACGUGUUCUUGUCUUCAAGGUGUCAGAUGGUAGCUUGGUGACAGACCGCUGGACGGCACACACAGCACGAAUCACAUCUCUUUCCUGGAACGCAGCCGGAUCUCAUGUUGUGAGUGGAUCUCUCGACACAAACAUCUUUGUUUGGAGCUUGGCCAAGCCUGGUGACUGGAUCGAGCUGCAAAACGCCCACAAGGAGGGUGUUCACGGCGUUGGAUGGGUUGCAGAAAGCUCCAAGAUCAUCUCAGCUGGUGCUGAUGCCGCGGUGAAGGUUUGGAAGGUCGAGGGCCUCCAAUAA